AUGAGGCUGGAUGUCAAGGCAAGUUCACACAGGCUUCGUGCUUGCACCACCAUGGCUGUGUCACCGAGAGACAUUCGAACAGCAGGAUGUUGCAACCUGGCGCACUCGCACCUCUCGGCUUUCGCCUGGGAUCUUGCAGUUGCCCCUAUUCUGCCUGCUGUUCCGGCACCUCGACGGCCAGCUCCAUUGCGCCGACACCGCCAGUUGUUUGCCCGCUCCGAGCGAGUCAAGGGCAUCGACUUCCAUCCUACCGAGCCAUGGAUUCUGACGACCCUCUACAGCGGCCACGUCUAUAUCUGGUCAUACGAGACACAACAAAUCGUCAAGACCUUCGAGCUUACUGAUGUCCCCGUCCGCGCUGGUCGCUUCAUUGCGCGAAAGAACUGGAUCAUCUGCGGUUCCGAUGACUUCCAAAUUCGAGUCUACAACUACAACACGAGCGAAAAGAUCACAUCCUUCGAGGCGCAUCCCGACUACAUCAGAGCCAUUUGCGUCCAUCCUACACAACCCUUCGUCCUUACCGCUAGUGAUGACAUGACGAUCAAGCUUUGGGAUUGGGAGAAGGGAUGGAAGAACGUGCGGGUAUUCGAGGGCAACUCACACUACGUCAUGUCCCUCGCCAUCAACCCCAAAGAUACCAACACCUUUGCUUCGGCAUGUUUGGACAGGACAGUCAAGAUCUGGAGCUUGGGUUCCUCCACGCCAAACUUCCAGCUUGAGGCGCACGAGACCAAGGGCGUCAACCAUGUCGACUACUAUCCCCACAGCGACAAGCCCUACCUUCUCACAACUUCUGAUGACCGCACGGUGAAAGUAUGGGAUUAUACCACCAAGAGCUUGAUCGCCACUCUUGAAGGUCACACCAACAACGUGUCCUUUGCCUGCUACCACCCAGAGCUGCCCAUUAUCAUCUCUGGCUCGGAAGACGGCACGAUAAGGAUAUGGAACGCCAACACGUAUAGGUUCGAGCAAUCGCUAAACUACGGCCUGGAGCGCGCUUGGUGUGUGUCGUAUCAGAAGGGCAAGCAGGGUAUUGCUGUUGGUUUCGACGAUGGUUCAGUGGUCAUCAAGCUGGGCCGGGAAGAGCCCGCUGUGUCGAUGGAUGGUUCGGGCAAGAUUGUGUGGGCCAGGCACAACGAGGUUGUCUCUGCUGUGAUCAAGGGUGCUGAUGCCGAUAUCAAGGAUAACGAGCCCAUCACACUCACCACCAAGGAUCUUGGAACCGCCGAGGUCUAUCCCCAAAGUCUCAUCCACUCUCCCAACGGUCGUUUCGCGGCUAUUUGCGGCGACGGCGAGUACAUCGUUUACACGGCGCUCGCCUGGAGAAACAAGGCAUUCGGUCAAGCCCUCGACUUUGUGUGGGCUUCCAAGGAGUACUCAAGCACGAACGAGUUCGCCAUUCGCGAGUCUCCCACCAGCGUCAAGAUCUUCAAGAACUUUGAGAACAAGGUCGGCGGUCUUGACGUUCCCUUCGCUGCCGAUGGCCUUACCGGCGGUGUCCUUCUGGGUGUCAAGGGUCAAGGCGGCAUCUCCUUCUACGACUGGCGGACGGGUGGGCUUGUCAGACGCAUUGAGGUGGAGCCCAAGCAGGUGUACUGGAGCGAGAGCGGCGAGCUGGUUGCGCUUGCCUGCGAGGAUAGCACCUACGUCCUUAGGUUCUCGAGGGAGAACUAUAACGAGGCGGUCCAGGCUGGUCUUGUCGAGGAUGAUGGUGUUGAGGCUGCGUUCGAUGUCGUUACCGACAUCAGCGAGAGCAUCCGUUCGGCGGAAUGGUUGGGAGAUGUCCUGAUCUACACUAACAACACCAACCGUCUCAACUACUUGGUUGGUGACCAGACUUACACCAUCGCCCACUUCGACAAGCCCAUGUACAUCCUGGGUUAUCUCCAGCGUGAUGGUCGCGUCUACAUCACAGACAAGGAUCUUAAUGUCACCUCUUUCGCCCUCUCACUCCCCGUUCUGGAGUAUCAGACUCUUGUCCUCCGUGAGGAUAUGGAGACGGCUGCCGAGCUACUCCCAAGCAUUCCUGAGGAUCAGCUCAAUAAGAUUGCCCGCUUCCUCGAGGGACAGGGCCACAAGGAGCUCGCGCUUGAGGUGGCGACUGACCCUGAGCACAAGUUCGAUUUGGCGCUAUCGCUUGGCCAGCUCCACAUCGCCCUCGACAUUGCGCGGGAGACUGAUGCGGAUCACAAGUGGAAGACCCUUGGUGAUGCGGGUCUCGCUGCUUGGGAUGUUCCUCUUGCCACCGAGUGCUUCGUCAAGGCAAAGGAUCUCGGUUCGCUGUUGCUCGUCUACAGCUCGACGUCAGACCGCGAAGGACUUGCCAACCUCGCCAAGCAAGCUACAGAGGCCGGCGCGCACAACGUGGCCUUCAGCGCCAAGUGGCUCCUCGGCGACGUCGAGGGCUGCAUUGAGAUUCUCAAGAACACCAACCGUCUCUCGGAGGCUGUGCUCUUCAGCCAAACAUACAAGCCCAGUCUCACACCCGAACUGGUGGCGGCCUGGAAGGAGAGCCUGGAGAAACAGAAGAAGGGCCGUGUCGCCAAGGUGUUGGGCGUCCCUGGAGAGGACUCUGAGCUCUUCCCCGAGUGGGAUGAGUACCUGAGACUUGAACAGGAAGGACCUGCUGCUGGCAAUCUGAUUGAUAUCGAUGCCGAGGAGGCCCAAGAGGAGUCGCCGGUAGAAGAGGAGGUAGCUGAAGAGCAGGAAGAGGAGGCAGAGAAGGAGGUUGAGGCAGAGGAGGAGUAG